GAUGGCGACGGCGAGAGGAGCACAACAAAAUACCGUACGUUACAUCAACUACAACAACAAGGAAUGCUGCGUUACAGAUGCGGAAUCAGUCUGCUAUGCCAGGAGAUCGCGACAGUUGUGACACUGAGGUCUGAUGCGCUGUGCCUGAGAAACUUGUGGGAUUUUUGUGCGCCGGUGUUUUCUUGAGAGCGCCCGAAAAAGCUUUGGCUUCAAUGUGGCUCUUUCGCUAAGCGAAUCAGCUAAGCUAACAAACUGUUUCGGUACGAGUGCUAACAUCGUACCGGAGGACUCAAAGGGAGCGCAAACUGUUCAUGUAUCCGCGGGACAGAUUCCUCUUAUGUGCGCCGGGAAUAUAGCUGGCGAUUUAUUCGGCCCCUCAGCGUACUGUCGAGUAGGAUUUUGUCCGUCAUGUAUUUUAUAACCGGCUGGCCCCGGAGGCUACUUUGCCCUCUCAGAAGCGAGGAGGAACCCUUUCACAUUCAGCCAAGCUCCCAAAGAUUUUACUUCGCCGUGCUGUCGGAGACCCAGCUCAGCAUCUGGUUCAGUCGGCCCAGCGUUCUGAUCGUGAGUUACGUGGAGUCGGCGAAGGCGGCCGCCCAGUUCGGCUUCUACCAGCGGGCGGAAUGGAGGCCGGACGACUCCAUGAUCGCAGUGGUGGCUGCCAAUGGAUAUAUCCUGCUAUUUGACGUGGUGGGUGGUGGGGAGGACAAAUACCUCUACGAGCCAGUGUAUCCCAAAGGGAGCCCUCGUGUGAAGGUCACCCCAGGGUAUAAGGAGGAGCAGUGUGCCCCCGCCCUCAGCUUGGAGAUGAAGAGGCCCGUGGAUCUGGAGGCUCCCAUCACCAGCCUGCAGUCCAUGCAGGAGGACCUGGUGGUUUCCACGGCUGACGGUUUCCUGCACAUCCUGCACUGGAACGGCGUCUCCAACGGGCGCAAGGCCAUCAACCUCUGCACCGUGCCCUUCUCCCUGGACCUGCAGUCGUCCCGAGGUGGGCCCUCCCUGGACCUGAACGGGGUGCACAUUCGGGAUAUGGAGUACUGCGUCACGCUGGAUGGCUUCGCCGUGGUGUUCGAUGACGGGCGCCUGGGAUUCAUCACCCCUGUGGCCAACAGAUUCACUACAGACCAGCUGCAGGGCGUGUGGGCUGCAGAUGUGACCGAUGGCACGUGCGUGGCAGUCAACAACAAGUACCGGCUGAUGGCUUUCGGCUGCGCCAGCGGCUCAGUGUUGGUCUACAUGAUUGACACUACCACAGGAUCAAUGCAGCUGUCCCAUAGGCUGGAGUUAACUCCAAAACACUACCCCGACAUCUGGAACAAGACGGGGCCAGUCAAGCUGAUCCAGUGGUCUCCCGACUACAGCGUAGUCAUGGUGACCUGGGAGUGCGGGGGUCUGUCUUUGUGGAGCGUGUUCGGAGCUCACCUCAUCUGCACUCUGGGGGAAGACUUUGCGUAUCGAUCAGAUGGCACGAAGAAGGAGCCCACAAAGAUCAGCUCUAUGAGCUGGGGGGCAGAGGGCUACCACCUGUGGGUGAUCACCAGCAGCGAGGCCAGCCGCAGGUCAGACGGGGACAUGGAGAGCACGCCCACCCUCCAGCAGGCCGGGAUCCUGCAGUUCCAGUUCAUCAAGAGCGCCCUGACAGUCAAUCCCUGCACGAGCAACCAGGAGCAGGUGCUUUUGAUUGGGGAGGACCGCCUGUACCUGACAUGUGGGGACCCAGCCCAAGCCCACACCCCCUCGGAGCAGCACCUAUCCCGGGACAGCAGCCCCUUGUACUCCACCUCCCCCUCCUCCGUCUCUCAGGGAUUAAGCACUUUAUUAGGACACAGGCAUUGGCACGUGGUCCAGAUUCACAGCACAUAUCUUGAGAGCAACUGGCCAAUACGGUAUGCAGCCAUAGACACGCAGGGCCAGUGCAUGGCAGUGGCAGGGAGACGCGGCUUUGCACACUACUCCUCCUUCACCAGGAAGUGGAAGCUUUUCGGGAACAUCACCCAGGAGCAGAACAUGACGGUGACCGGAGGGCUGGCAUGGUGGAACGACUACAUUGUAGUCGCCUGUUACAAUUUCAUAGACCAGCAGGAGGAGCUAAGGCUCUACCUGCGGUCGUCCAACUUGGACAACGCGUUCGCCGACAUCACCAAACUGCACUCGGACACGCUGCUGCUCAACGUGUUCCGCAACAUGGUGAUCCUGUUCAGGGCCGACUGCUCCAUCUGCCUCUACAACAUCGAGAGGAGGAAGGACAGCCCGAACGCCUCUGUCAGUAUUGAGCUCCUGCAGGAGGUGUCCAUGUCCCGCUACAUCCCUCACCCAGCCUUGGUGGUGUCUGUCACUCUCACCUCGGUGCGCACCGAGACCGGCAUCACUCUCAAAGCCCCGCAGCAGGCCUGCGUGGCGGAGAGCAUCAUGCUGAACCUGGCCGGGCAGCUCAUCAUGCUGCAGAGGGACCGCUCCGGGCCCCAGGUGCGCGAGAAGGAGGCCCUGCCCAAUCACAAGAAGCUGCUGCCGUUCUGCCCCCCGGUGGUGCUGGCGCAGUGCGUGGAGAACGUGUGGACGACCUGCCGCAGCAACCGCAAGAAGCACCACCUGCUGGAGGCGCUGUGGCUGGCGUGCGGCGAGGCGGGCAUGAAGGUGUGGCUGCCGCUGUUCCCGCGCGACCACCGCAAGCCGCACUCCUUCCUGUCGCGCCGCAUCAUGCUGCCCUUCCACAUCAACAUCUACCCGCUGGCCGUGCUCUUCGAGGACGCGCUGGUGCUGGGCGCCACCAACGAGACGGUGCUGUACGACGGGCUGCAGGGCCCGCGCGAGCCGCUCGAGGCCCACUUCCCCUUCUGCACGGUGGAGCGCACCUCCCAGAUCUACCUCCACCACAUCCUGCGGCAGCUGCUGGUGCGCAACCUGGGCGAGCAGGCGCUGCUGCUGGCGCAGUCGUGCGCCGGGCUGCCCUACUUCCCGCACGUGCUGGAGCUGAUGGUGCACGUGGUGCUGGAGGAGGAGGCCACCUCGCGCGAGCCCAUCCCCGACCCGCUGCUGCCCACCGUCGCCAAGUUCAUCACCGAGUUCCCGCUCUUCCUGCAGACCAUCGUGCACUGCGCCCGCAAGACCGAGUACGCGCUCUGGAACUACCUGUUCGCCGCCGUCGGCAACCCCAAGGACCUGUUUGAGGAGUGCCUGAUGGCCCAGGACCUGGACACGGCCGCCUCCUAUCUCAUAAUCCUGCAGAACAUGGAGGUCCCGGCAGUGAGCCGCCAGCAUGCCACACUACUCUUCAACACUGCCCUGGAGCAGGGGAAGUGGGACCUCUGUCGUCACAUGAUCAGAUUCCUCAAGGCCAUUGGCUCAGGAGAAUCAGAGACACCACCCCUCACACCAACCACUCAGGAACCCAGCUCAACGGGAGGCUUUGAAUUCUUCCGGCACCGGAGCAUCAGUCUGUCCCAGUCAGCUGACAGCCUGAAUCCAGGGAAGUUCAACCUGCAGAAGACCCUCAGCAUGCCCUCUGGACCCUCGGCAAAGAGCGGGGACAGGUGGAGCAGGGACAGCGACUGUGCGGAGAACAUGUACAUCGACAUGAUGCUGUGGCGCCACGCCCGCCGGCUGCUGGAGGAGGUGCGGCUCAAGGACCUGGGCUGCUUCUCCGCCCAGCUGGGCUUCGAGCUCAUCGGCUGGCUGUGCAAGGAGCGCACGCGGGCCGCCCGCGUCGACAACUUCGUCACCGCACUCAAGCGGCUGCACCAGGACUUCCUGUGGCCCUUCCCCGUCAUCCCCGCCUGCUCCGUCAGCUCGCCCUACAAGAACGGCCGCUACCGCGCAGUGCUGGGCACGCGGCUGCUGAAGUCCCAGUCGGCGGACAGCCUCCUGAACAGUGAGAUGGACACGGCCCCGCCUCAUGUGGCCCCCAGCAGACACAGCUGGCUGGACAGCCUGGGGGCGGAGCCCAAGGAGAUGGACACGGCCUCGUCUCACGGGCCCCAGCCGCAGGAGGCCUUCCUCUCACCCCUCAUCAGCAAGGGCGAUGAGUGCAGCAUCGGCUCGGCCACAGACCUGACAGAGACCAGCUCCAUGGUGGACGGGGACUGGACCAUGGUGGACGAGAACUUCUCCACCCUCAGCCUGACGCAGUCUGAGCUGGAGCACAUCUCCAUGGAGCUGGCCAACAAAGGCCCACACAAGUCCCAGGUGCAGCUCAGGUACCUGCUGCACAUUUUCAUGGAGGCAGGCUGCCUGGAGUGGUGCGUGGUCAUCGGUCUCAUCCUCAGAGACACCAACAUCAUCAAGCAGGUGGUCAGUUUCCUGGACUCCCCCGAGGUCCCGGCGGAGACCGUGCAGAGCGUUCGCAAUGGCCUGCUGGCAGUGGAUGCUUGGGCCUCGUCCGACUGCCUGGGCUACAAGCCCUUCCUCAGCCUGCUCCGGCCGCAGCUGCAGAAGCUGCUGGAGGCCGCCGCCGAGCAGGUCCAGCCGGAGGUCUUCCAGCCGUCCGGUGCCUCCAAGCUGGCGGAGCCCACCAGCCCCCGGACAGAGGAGAGCCGCGGGCCGGUCGCCCUGGGGGCCAGCCUGCCCGCCGAGGCGGCAGGAGGGGCGGCGCGGCCCAUGGAGGACUGCCCCGAGGAGGAGCAGGAGGAGCAGACUGUGGACGAGGGGGCGUACGACUGCACCCUUUCCUGACCCCCACCGAGCCAGAGCAGCCUCCACGGAACCACAGGAAAAGGAAGAGAGCGGGAACGCAAACAGGAAGUGGCAGAGACACAAGCCCCAGGUGGUCAGGGCAGCUCCUGUCAGCUGGUGUUUGAGUUGCGUUUUUCUUUAGUUGUUUUUAUUUUACUGCUUUAAGCAUUACGAUGUUGAAAUUGGAUGUGUGUGUGUGUGAGCGCGCGUUUCUGUGUGUGUGCGCAUGUGUGUGUAUAAAAUUGUGUGAUGAACUGAGCUCCUUAAAGACAGAGAGAGGUAACACUCCCUCCCUUGCUGCCCGCAAUGCAAAACCGAAAAUAUGGACCCAUUAAAACUUGGCCAGGGUCCUAGGAGGUCACUGAAGCACAUGAUGUAUGCUUUUGAGCAUUCCGUGGACAGAGCGUCAGUAUUAUAUUGUAAUGAAACACACCUCACAGGUCCUGAUGAAUUGGAGUCUGCUUGGACAGAGCCUUAGGUAACACCCAAAUGAUGUAUACUUCACUGUACUCCUGAGUGGGCAGUAUACUCACAUGGCAGAAUUACGACCGCAGGAAGUAUUACUUCUGGGAUUUAUGUAAGCUCUGCACUGUUGUUGCUGUUUGGUUUUUAGCUCCCUGGACCCCUGUAACUCGGGGGUUUGUGUUUAUUUUUACGCUUGUGCUGUUCGUUCAGUUUUGGGACGGCAUUCUCAUAAGCUCUCCUGAAAGAGAAAUGGACGUGGGACGAUCGAAAGCAUUUAUUGACAUUUUCGGAUGUGCACAGCAUUUUAAUGACCUUUCUUGGGACUCCACUUGCCUUGACCUUGUGUAGUUUGGAUUAUGGACACAAAGGCAUAUAAAUCAAUUUUGAAUACACACGCACAAAAAUUUACUCCAACAAAUCAACCAAGAUACAGAAAACUCACAGCAACCAGAUUCUGACGGUCCCAUAUACUGUGAUGUGGAUGAAGUGAGAUAUUUGGAGACAUAAAAUCCUGUUUGUAGUAGAUGGGGGA